AUGACCCCAUUUGACUUCGCCGUAUUGACUGGCCUUGAUAUGGGAGGCUGGGCAAUCCCAUAUGAUGAGGACAUGGGCCAGUGGGAGGCCGCCUGGAUCUACUUGUUGGGAGCUCGCCCGCCAGUUGACAGAUCUUCGGGCAGGGUCCGAUAUACUUGGUUUUCCUCCCAUUUCCGGAGGGUGGAGAUGGUGCCUGAGACUCCUGAGGAGGUAGCCCAAUCGUAUGGCAGCCUUGGGCGCCUUUGGGUAGUGACCUCUGAUUCCAGUUUGCCGGAGCCUGGGCCUUCGGUCGAGUAUAUGGAUGAGAUGCUCGGGAUGAUGGCCACACUCGAGGGCAUGGUCUUACGGAGAGAGGCACAGUUGUCCAUCAUGGGUGUCCAGAUGCCUCCAGUAUAUCAGCCACGGACCGGGCCAUCCAAGCCUUCUCGGGGAGCCGGGCCAUCUCGACCUUCUCGGGAAGCCGGGCCAUCUCGGCCUUCUCGCGGGGUCGGGAGAGGGGAGUCGUCCCGCAGACGCAGAGCACAUAUCGUAGAGGAGGAGCCCGGUGAGGACGAAGAUGAGGAGGAGGCUGCAGAUCAUCAGUCAGAGACAUCUGCUGACAGAGAGGAGGGUUCCGACCCUGGUUCCGGGAACGGAGAGGAGGCUGAGGAGGAUCCCGAGGGUGACAGUUCCGACUCAGAUGGUGCCAGUGGUGCAGAGCCUGCUUUAUGA